AUGGAUCAAUCUCAAUCGCUCAAUGCUCCUCCAUACUUUAAUGGAAGCAAUUACGCUUUUUGGAAAGUCCGUAUGAGGGCAUUUCUAUGUUCUAUUAUUGAUAGUGUUUGGGACGUUGUCAAGAUAGGAUGGACUAGGCCAGAGGCCGCCAAAUCCACAUGGGAUAAGGGUGUUUCCCUUGACGAAUUUCAUAGGAUCUCUCAUGUUACAAUUGCUAAGGAGGUGUGGAAAAUCUUGGAGACAACCUAUGAAGGCACCAAGAAGGUGAACGACACCAAGUUGCAAAUGCUUACCACACAUUUCAAAGAGCUGAAGAUGAGUGAAGAUGAGUCAUUCGACUCAUUUUAUGGGAAGCUAAAUGAAGUUGUGAUUGAGAAAUUCAACUUGGGGGAAAAGACGGAGGACUCCAAGAUUGUGAGGAAGAUUCUACGAUCACUGCUAGAGAGCUUCCGUACAAAGGUUACUGCCAUCGAAGAGAGCAAAGACCUUGAUGAGAUUAAAGUUCAAGAACUCAUCGGUUCUCUUCAAACCUAUAAGCUCUCUCUGUCAUCUCAAAGGAAGAGCAAAUAUCUUGCUCUCAAGACAAUCAAUGAGAGAUUGGAAGCUCAAGACUCCUCGGAUGAGGAUGAGGUUGAAAAGGAUGUGGCGUACCUUCCUAAGAACUUUCGCAAGUUCUUAAAGUUCAAGAAAGAUGGAAAGUCUUUUGAGAAAGGCAAAUUCUCAAAGUUCAAGAAGGACAAGAAAGACUUCAAGAAGAAGGAUUCAAGAGAUUUCUCACCGUCUAAAAUGGUCAUGUGUUUUGAGUGCAAAGGACAAGGGCAUGUGAAGAAAGAAUGCCCCACGUAUUUGAAAGCAAAGGGUAAACUAUUUACAACUACCCUUAGUGACUCAGAUGGUUCAAAUUCUAACUCGGAAGAAAGCUGUGAUGGAGAAGGAAAUUACUCCGCAUUUAUGGCCAUUGCACCCGUGGACUCAUCGGAAGAUUUGAACCUUCUAGUGGAAGAACUUGGUGAGCACACCGAAGAAAAGUCUAUGGGAAUUGGAGAGUAUGCUAGAAUGGCUAAAGCAGCCAUCAGGAAAAUGAAGAGAGCUAAGCAAGACUACAAGAGCAUACUCAUAAGGUACAAAGAAACGAAGUGUGAAGUUGAGGCGAUGAAUGGAGAACUAACCAAAGCUUACUCUAAGAUCAAGUUUCUGGAGCUUGAAGUGAUUCAAGCUAAUGCAAAAGUGGAGUGA